AUGACAUCAUGUAUCAUACUGUGAAAAACUGCUAUAGUGAGCCAAAAGGCCCAUAAGGCAACAGCAAACAGGGAAAAAACCAACUGCUCCAAAAGAAUGUGUUUUUCUCCCAUUCUGGAAAUCAACAUGCAGUCUGAAUCUAAUAUUACAGUGCGAGAUGACAUUGAUGACAUCAACACCAAUAUGUACCAACCACUAUCAUAUCCAUUAAGCUUUCAAGUGUCUCUCACCGGAUUUCUUAUGUUAGAAAUUGUAUUGGGACUUGGCAGCAACCUCACGGUACUGGUACUUUACUGCAUGAAAUCCAACUUAAUCAACUCUGUCAGUAACAUUAUUACGAUGAAUCUUCAUGUACUUGAUGUAAUCAUUUGUGUGGGAUGUAUUCCUCUAACUAUAGUUAUCCUUCUGCUUUCACUGGAGAGUAACACUGCUCUCAUCUGCUGUUUCCAUGAGGCCUGUGUAUCUUUUACAAGUGUCUCAACAGCAAUCAACGUUUUUGCUAUCACUUUGGACAGAUAUGACAUCUCUGUAAAGCCUGCAAACCGAAUUCUGACAAUGGGCAGAGCUGUAAUGCUAAUGAUAUCCAUUUGGAUUUUUUCAUUUUUCUCUUUCCUGAUUCCCUUUAUUGAGGUAAAUUUUUUCAACCUUCAAAGUGGAAAUACAUGGGAAAACAAGACACUUUUGUGUGUCAGUACGAAUGAAUACUACACUGAACUGGGAAUGUAUUAUCACCUGCUAGUACAGAUCCCAAUAUUCUUUUUCACUGUCAUAGUAAUGUUAAUCACAUACACCAAAAUACUUCAGGCUCUCAAUAUUCGAAUAGGCACAAGAUUCUCAACAGGGCAGAAGAAGAAAGCAAGAAAGAAAAAGACGAUUUCUCUAACCACACAACAUGAGACUACAGACAUGUCACAAAGCAGUGGUGGGAGAAAUGUAGUCUUUGGUGUUAGAACUUCAGUCUCUGUAAUAAUUGCCCUCCGGCGAGCUAUGAAACGACACCGUGAACGACGAGAAAGGCAAAAGAGAGUCUUCAAAAUGUCUUUAUUGAUUAUUUCUACAUUUCUUCUCUGCUGGACACCAAUUUCUGUUUUAAAUACCACCAUUUUAUGUUUAGGCCCAAGUGACCUUUUAGUAAAAUUAAGGUUGUGUUUUCUAGUCAUGGGUUAUGGAACAACUAUAUUUCAUCCUCUAUUAUAUGCAUUUACUAGACAAAAAUUUCAAAAGGUCUUGAAAAGUAAAAUGAAAAAGCGAGUUGUUUCCAUAGUAGAAGCUGAUCCCAUGCCUAAUAAUGCUGUAAUACACAAUUCUUGGAUAGAUCCUAAAAGAAACAAAAAAAUUACCUUUGAAGAUAGUGAAAUAAGAGAAAAAUGUUUAGUACCUCAGGUUGUCACAGACUAG